GUGGACAACAGGAAGUCUCUUGAGUAAAAACACGCUGCUGGAACUGUGUGUGUAUUACUAUGAUGAACAGAUCACCAUCUAUUGGCAGGAUGUAAUGAAGUCUGUUGCUGACGGACUGAAGCAGAGUCGUGCAGAGCUGCAGUUGAAACAACGUUCCAGACGACAUCAGCAUUUCUAUGGUGAUGGCUGCAGAGCAGGGUGGAGCCAACAUGGCUGACACUGAGAAUUGUAAUGAUGCAUCCCUGCAGAUGUAUGACUCUGGAUGAACUGAACUUAAAAACAGUGAAGCGAUACGAGCUGCAGACAAGUGAAGACUCAACCAGACAGACACACAGACAGACAGGUAGAGAGGACAGGUGAGACAGAUGACAACAGGUGGAUGCAGAGGACAAACAGCUGCAGCCAUGAAGAGCAGAAAACUAUCAUUUCUUGAGUUCUGGAGGAGCAAGAAGGAGCGAGGAGCUCUGCUGAGAAGAGCCAAUCAGCUGAAACUCCAUCCUUCACAGAUGGGGAGGCUGCUGGCUGACAGUGAAGUUCGGGCUGCGAUACAGAAUGGCAAGAUGGCGUCUCUGCUGCCCCCUGUCGGAACGGAGGUCUUCAGACGCUUCACACCAGCCUCACUGGGCGAGAUCCAAGAACGCCACGAAGCAGAGGAGAAAGAGCGAAAGAGGAGGAAGAAGAACAAAGAGGUAGCGGAGGAUGACCUGCCCAAACCAGUUGGUGACCUGGAGGAAAGGAAGCCUCUCCCCUUCGUAUUUGGGGACCCGCCCCCUGAGCUUCUCUACACCCCAUUGGAGGAGCUGGAUCCCUACUACCAAUCACAGAAGACCUUCAUCGUGCUCAGUAAAGGAAACGUCCUCCACAGGUUUAGUGCUGAGCGGCCGUGUUACCUGCUGAGCCCGUUCAGCCCCCUGAGGACCGUCGCCAUCAAGAUCCUCAUUCACUCUUUCUUCAGUUUGUUCAUCAUGAUGACGCUUCUGACCAACUGCGUGUUCAUGACGAUGAGUGAUCCUCCAGCAUGGAGCGGGAUUGUGGAGUACGUGUUCAUAGCUGUCUACACGUUUGAAACCAUCGUGAAGGUGGCGUCCAGAGGCUUCUGUGUCGGAAAGUUCACCUUUCUCAGGGACCCCUGGAACUGGCUGGACGUCAUGGUCGUCACCACGGCGUAUCUGAUAAUGUUUGUGAAUCUGGGGAAGUUAUCUGUGCUGUGGAUGGUUCCUCGAACCCUGAAGCUCCUGGCGGUCAUCCCAGUCUCUGGACUGAAGACGACUGUCCGAGCUCUCGUCCAGUCAGUGAAGAGGCUCGCCGGCGUCACAGUGCUUGCGGCGUUGUGCCUCAGCGUCAUAGCCCUGACGGCGUUGCAUCUGUUCAUGGGAAGCCUGAAGCACAGAUGUGUCAUGAUACCGCUGCAUAGCAACCAGACGUCCUACGAGGACGUCACCUAUGGUUACUACGACAACAAAACAGGAAGCAGUGAUUUCGAUUUCAACGAAUACAUAAACAAUCAAAAUAGCACCUACUUCCUGCCGGGUCAGGUUGAUGCUCUGCUGUGUGGAAACGGCUCUGAUGCUGAGGUCUGUCCAGAGGGUCACCUCUGUGUGAAGGGGGGGAGAAACCCAAACUACGGCUUCACCAGCUACGACUCAUUUGGUUGGUCUCUGCUGUCCGUGUUCAGACUGAUGACCCAGGACUUCCGGGAGAACCUGGUGCAGAUGACGCUACAAGCUGCAGGUAAACGCUGCCUGAUUUUCUUCGUGCUCGUCUUCCCCGUCUGUCUCUGCCUCCUCAGCCUGGUCCUGGCGGUGGUUGCCAUGGCGUCAGGCGAGCAGGAGGAGGCUGACGUCGCCGAGGCAAAACAGAAAGAAAAAGAGUUCAGUCAGAUCCUGAAGGUGCUGAAGAGGAGAGAAGAAGAGGAGCAGGCAGCCAGCAGGGCGGCGCUCUCAGAGGAACAAGAGGGUGAAAGCAGGCAGAGCCAGGAGCGAAGAUCUACUGCCGUGGAAGAGUCUGAGGAGGACCAGAGGACGUGUCCUCUGUGCUGGUUUGUCUUCGCCGACCUCCUCCUGAAGUGGAACUGUUGUGGUUAUUGGCGGUGGCUCAAACAGCGGCUCUACACCUUCAUCACAAACCCGUUCUUCGACCUCGGGAUCGUCGUCUGCCUCGUCCUCAACACUGUCUUCAUGGCCGCGGAACAUUAUCCAAUGACGGAGGGCUUUUACUGGCAGCUAACUGUCGCUCAUCUGGUCUUCACAGUGAUCUUCCUAGCUGAGAUGAUCCUCAAACUUGUGGCCCUGGGCCUGUACGGAUAUUUCCAGGUGGGCUGGAACGUCUUUGACAGCAUCGUGGUUGCCGUCAGUCUGCAGGAGCUGUUUCUGUUUUCUUAUUUGCUGAAUACUCUCCUACUGAUGCGAGUGUUGAGGCUGGCCAGGUGGUGGCCGUCCCUCCGCAUGUUGUUAAAGUUCAUUUGGACCUCUGUGAAAGCCCUGAGGAACCUGAUUCUUGUUUUGCUCAUUAUGGUCUUCAUCUUCACCAUCGUUGGCAUACAGCUGUUCCGCAAGGACUACAGAGACAACGUCUGUCACAUCGCGCUUCCUCGCUGGCACAUGAACGAUUUCUUCCAUGCCUUCCUAAUCAUCGUCAGGAUCCUGUUUGGAGAGUGGAUCGAGACCACGUGGGACUGCAUGGAGGCCUCAGGACAGACAAUGUGUCUGAUCUUCUUCAUAAUGGUCCUGGUCAUCGGAAAGCUGCUGAUCCUGACUCUGUUCCUGACCUUGUUGCUGAGCUCGGUCAUCAGUGAUAGUCUUGUGGCUCCAGACGAAAAGGAAAACAACAACCUGCAGAUCGCCAUAGGCCUGAUAAAGAAGGCUGUGGCCUGGAACAAGACUUGCAUCCUGGGAUGUAUCAGGACUUUACAGGGAAAGAAGGACCAUGUCAACCCAGACCACAGAGCAGUUGACAGUAUGGAAGAAAACAGGAAGGUGUACAUGGACUUGAACCUGGUGACUUCAGACCAGCCGGUAUCAGAGGUCAAGGCCCACAUUGAAUCCCAGAGGGUCCCCACAGCCGAGAUCGAAUUUAAUAGGCCUGAAAAUGAAGAAGAACAGAAAAAGCAACAAUGUGAUGACGUGCAGAAACAUCCUGAAGUCCAGCAGGACGAAGACGAUGAAGCUCGUAAAGGAAGCACACCUGAGGACUGCUGCAGCGACAAGUGUUACCGUUGCUGUCCGUUCCUGGAUGUAGACACGUCCCAGGGCAGCGCAAGGAUCUGGUCUAACUUCAGAAGAGCAUGUUUCUCAAUCGUACAACAGAAAUACUUUGAAAUCUUAAUCAUCUUCAUCAUCCUGCUGAGCAGUGGCGCUCUGAUGUUUGAGGACAUCCACCUGCAGCACCGUCGGGUCUUAAAGACGGUUGUGGAGACAGCAGACCAGGUGUUCACCUUCCUGUUCCUGCUGGAAAUGUUUCUGAAGUGGAUCGCCUUCGGACUCAAGAAAUACUUCACCAACGCCUGGUGUUGGCUCGACUUUCUCAUCUUAGAUGUGUCUCUGGUGUCUCUGACAGCUGACAUUUUGGGAUUCUCUCAAGUGGGAGCCAUCCAGUCUCUGAGGACUCUGAGAGCUCUGGGGCCCCUGAGGGCCCUGUCUCGCUUCCGGGGCCUGAGGCUCGCAGUGGAGGCCGUGGUCCGGACCGUCUGCUCCACGUGGAACAUGCUGCUGGUGUUUAUGGUGGUCUGGUUGAUCUUCAGCAUCAUGGGAGUGGAUCUGUUUGCUGGACGGUUUUAUCACUGUGUCAAUGAGACGUCAGAGGAAUCCUUCUCACCUUCUGUGGUGGACAACAAGACGGACUGCUUCUCUCUGAUCAAUGACAACUACACCGAGGCCCGCUGGAAGAACGCAAAGUUCAACUUCGACAGCGUGCCGAGUGGUUUCCUGUCGCUGCUGGUGCUGGCGACGUCCACACUCUGGACUGACAUCAUGAACGCAGCUGUGGACGCCAGAGAAGUGGACAUUCAGCCGGAAUAUGAGGCCAAUCUGCAGAUGUACCUGUUCUACAUCUGUUUCAUCAUCACCACCUUCUUCACCUUCAACCUCUUCAUCAGAGUCGUCAUUGACAACCUACAGAGACACAAGUCUGGAAGGAAACCUGUUUUCAUGACCGAGGAACAGCAGAAAACUGUGAAGAAACUGUUCUUGGAGAAACCCCAGCAUCCUGUCCCCCGACCUCAGAAUCGCUGCCAGUCUCUGCUCUUUGACCUGGUGACCAGACCGUGUUUUGAAGUCUUCAUGGUGGUGUUGAUCUGCCUGAACGUGGUUACUCUGAUGGUGGAGACGGACGAGCAGAGCUUGGAGAAAGAAGUCAUCCUGUUCUUCAUCCACUUCACCUUCAUCAUCAUCUUCUUCAUAGAGUUCCUUCUGAAGAUCAUCGCGCUCAGACAGCACUACUUCAAAGACAGCUUUAACAUCAUUGACUUUAUAGUGAUCACCGUGUCCAUUGUUGACAUAUUCUUGACUGAAUUAAUGGAGAAGUUCUUUGUCACGUCCACUUUGUUUCCUCUGCUCCGAGUGGCUCGUGUAGCUCGUAUCCUCCAUCUCAUUCCCUGUGCCAGGGGUACCCGGACGCUGCUUGUGGCCUUUCUGAUGUCACUUCCUGCCCUCUUCAACAUUGGCCUCCUCCUCUUCAUCAUCAUGUUCACCUUCUCCAUCUUCGGCAUGUUUAACUUUGCCUACGUGAAGAAGGAGGAAGGGAUCGAGAACAUGUUUAACUUUGAGACGUUUGGGAACAGCAUCGUUUGUAUGUUUAUGGUCACUACGUCAUCCGGAUGGGCCGGUCUGCUCCGUCCCCUCAUGAACUUCCCUCCAGACUGCGACCCCAACAUGGAGAACCCAGGAUCCACGGUCACCGGGGACUGCGUCAACCCAUUGGUUGCCGUCGGCUUCUUCGCAUCCUACAUCCUGCUGACCAUCCUGCUGGUGGUCCACAUGUACAUCGCAGUCAUCCUGGAGACCUUCAGCUCAGGGGAUGCAGAGACGCUGUGUGAAGAUGAUCUCCAGAUGUUUUAUAAGACCUGGAGGAGGUUUGACCCCGACGCCUUGCAGUGCAUACAGUACAGUGAGCUGUCAGAUUUCUGCGACUCUCUGCAGGAUCCUCUGAGGAUUCCCAAACCAAACACCAUCAGACUGAUCCACAUGGAUCUGCCCCUGCUUCCUGGAGACAAGAUCCACUGUGUGGACGUCCUUCUCGCACUCGCCACACAGGUCUCAGGUGAUCCAGGAGAAAUGGACUCUCUCAAAACCAGAAUGGAGGAACAGUUAAAGGCCAACACACCCAAGGUGUCAUACGAACCCAUCAGCAGCACCCUGCAGAGAAAACAGGAGGAGGUGGCGGCGUCGGUGAUCCAGAGAGCGUACAGGAAACGCCUCCUGCAGCACGGAGACGCCAAGGAGACUGCGCUCGAGUCUGUGGGUGUUAGCGGUGGUGUUUCAGGUUCUUCUCACCCGGGUGGAGCAUUAGAGUGAGUUUACCUCCACACCAGUCGUCCCCCGAACGCUCCCGACUUCCUGCUCGAUAAGAACCUAAGGGAGUCCUGCUCACCUGUGGACUGAGGGAACUCACCUGUGGACUGGCCUCCCCGUUAGCUUCUGCAGACGACAGCUUGUUACACCAGCACAGAUCCUGAACAUCAACGACUGAACUGAAAAUAUGCUGCAUGUAUUCCUUCGCUGCCUUCCUGCUUUGCAUUUAAACACAUUUUAUUGCUGCAGUUUAAAACCUUCCAACAAAGCUCACAGUGACAGGUCCGCUGAGACACUGUAUUUAACUUCACUUAAGUAAAAUAAGUACUAAUCCAGGUUACUGGCAACACUUAGACAUCAUGUACUAGUAUCAUGUUAUGAGUGAUUUGAGACUGUAGGCUGUUAAUCCAUCUCCUCUUGUCGUUUCAAAAGUCUCGUGCCAGAUCAGACUUUCAGUCACACCUCUGCGUCUCUGUUGGGCAGAUCAGAACUCUUUGGUUUCGGGCUUCCUUUGGUUUCCUCCAGUCCAGGUGGCGGUUUUGUGUUUGGGAACUGACAAAAACACCUGAAGAGGAAACCUCAGCUGGACAGAGUGAAACCCUCACACCCAGAUGUGGUUUAAGCGAUCAGACUCUGCAGUCAGAGAUCUGAUCCACCUGACACACAUGGAGGGCCCGGAUGACCAAUCACAGAGUUGCGCUUUGAUGUGACAUGUAAACAAAAGAGAAACAGUCCUUCACGAUUCCACAAACAUUUAAACCAGGCUGAGAGUCUGCAGCCGAGCGAGCAGCAGAUAAAAACCUGACUGUCUGUUCUCACUGCAGCUGUCUCUCAGAUCCUGGGAUGUUAUUCUCCAAAUAUUACGACAUUUAUAUUCAUUUAGCUGACACUUUUAUCCAAAUCGACGUACAAUUGCUUUAUAUGUCAGAGGUCGCACGCCUCUGGAGCAAGGGGGGUUAAGUGUCUUGCUCAGGGACACACUGGUGGACGUGUCACAGGGGGGGAUUUAACUCUCACUCUCACUCUGAGAUUUGUCUCUCACACCAAAGGUAUGCGUCACCACCCUUAUCCACUGUUUUUAAAUAUAAAUAUAAAAAAGGCAUUAGCAAAGUAACAUUAGCAUUAAUGAAACAUUACAUUAGCACUAACAAAGUCAUGUUAGCGUGGAGGAGUUUAUAUGUUUGAGUCAGAUCUGAUCUAAACGUUUAUUCCUCGGAGGCCAACAUGUUCUGCUCUCACUGCUGAUGGUAAAAAGAGUUUAUAUAUGUUUCAAAGUCACAAAACAGAUCACUUAGAAAUCCCUGCAUGUUUCGCUCUGCUAUACUUAUUAAGGUAACUACCAGUGAAUCCACCAGGUGGCGCUGCUCCCUUUGACAUACAGAGACCAGGGACAGGAGAGAGUGGAUAUAAUGCUGAUCUUCUGUUUUACUAAAUAAAGUGCAUUUGAGUACCUUUUCUUUA